CUUUCGGGAAGCGGUCGGGGCUACACACUGUAGCCGCGGCCAGCCCUAGCGCCCGGCUCUCCGCCUGCUCCCAAAGAAAAGGAAGGAAGGAAGGAAGAGGUGAAAGAGAGAGAGAGAGAGAAGGAAUACACGGCCGCUCUUGCGCGCGAAUUGAAGGGUCUCGGUUGGGGAAGCCCUUCGGCGGGAGCAGGCGCAGGAGUGGAGUCAGCGCGGGGCGGGCGCGCCGCCCCCCUUCCCCCGGGUGCUGGAGCUCUGACUCCGGAGCUGCGGGAGCAAGAGGCAGAGGAGAAGGCGAGGCGAGGCGAGGAGGAGGAGGAGAAAGGGAAGGGGAGUUCCUCCGCGCCGCCAGCCAGCAUGGGCCACUCGGGGGAGAGGCCGCUGCUGCUGGCGCUCCUGACCCUCGCUGUUUGCCAGGGGCGCAUCGUGAAGAUCCCCACUGGGGGCCUUGUCCGAGUGGAGGGUACGGAGCUGGUCAUCCCCUGCAACGUCAGUGACUACGACGGCCCCAGCGAGCAGAACUUUGAUUGGAGCUUCUCGUCUUCUGGGACACAUUUUGUGGAGAUAGUGAGCACCUGGGAGGCGGCUUUCACGGCCCAGCCAUACAGGGAGCGGCUGCAGAGAGGGGAGAUCCAGCUGAGACGGAUCGGCAACGACGCUGUAGAGCUCCACAUUCAGAACCUCCAGGCCGCCGACCAAGGGCAGUACAAAUGUUCCACCCCCAGCACGGACGCCACCGUCCAGGGCAACUAUGAUGACACGGUGCAAGUGAGAGUGCUUGCUGACGCUCUGCAGGUGAGCGCAAAGUCCCAACCUGCUUCCUCCCUUCUCCUGAGGGACGGGGACUCGUUUGAACUCCACUGCUCAGCUUCUUCUGCCUCCUUGGAGCAUACGCAUCUCUCUGUGAUGUGGGAGCUUCACCGCGGCCCCGCCAGGCAGAAAAUCCUCUCCUUGACACACGAGAAUCGGUUCUAUCCUGGCCCACAGUAUGAAAGCCGCUACCAGAGUGGAGAUUUGCGUCUGGAUACCGCCGGGGAGAAUGUUUACCGAUUGUCUGUGUCUCGGGUGCUGCCGGUAGACCAGGGUACCUAUAGAUGUGUGGUCAGUGAGUGGAUUGGAGAGAAGGGUAAAUGGCAAGAAAUUCAAGAGAAAAGCGUGAAUGUUGCCACUGUGACCAUCCAGCCAACAGCCUUAAGAGCAACUGUCACCAAGAAUAAUGUGUCUGUGACUGAAGGGAAUGACGUGGACCUUACCUGCAGCAUCACCACUGACCAGAAGGAUGAUUUUCAGGCUGAGGUGACGUGGUACUUUAGCAAGGCACCUGACAGUUCUUUGCCUGAUGCACACAUCUUGGCAAGCAUGGACCACAAUGCUGUGGUGCACAGCCCAUUGACAGUUACCUUAAAUCGUGUGGAUAUACACUCAUACCGCCUGCUAGUACGAGACGCUAACAAAGAAAACUCUGGCUACUAUUUCUGCCAUGUGGCUCUCUGGGCACCUAGGCAUAACAGGACCUGGCAGAAAGUGGCUGAGAAGAUGUCUGAACCAGCUGGAGUGGAGGUCACCUUGCUGGAGCCACUGUUCGAGGUGCUGAUGAAUGCUUCUAGGGUCCCUGAGUAUCUGGAUGAUCCCACAGAGCUAGAGUGCCAGAUAGCAGACGUGAGGAAUGCAGAUGCCAACGUCCGCUUCGCUGUUUCUUGGUACUACAGGAUGGAUUCACGCAGUGAUGAAGUUGUGUCUGAUGAGCUACUUGCCACCAUGGAUGCAGACUGGACUCUGAGAAUUGGGGAGAAGAGUAGGCAGAGGGCACAGAAUGGGGAGAUUAUUUUCUCCAAGGAGGAUGGAGCCAGGUUCAGUUUUCGUAUUCAGAGGACUUUAGAGGGAGACAGAGGAAAUUACUAUUGUGUUGUGUCUGCAUGGACCAGACAGCACAACAAAAGCUGGAUGAAAAGCAAGGAAGUCGUAUCCAAGCCUGUCAACAUUUUUUGGGUUACAGAAGAUUCUGUGCUCCUCGUGAAGGCAAGGAAGGCAAAGCCUUUCUUUGCUGCAGGAAAUACUUUUGAGAUGACUUGUAAGGUUUCCUCCGAGCACAUAAAGACUCCUCGGUAUUCAGUCCUUGUCACAGCUGAGAAGCCUGCGGCAGACCCCUUCAGCGCCAACGAGACGAAGCACAUCAUCUCCUUAGACCAGGAUUCGGUGGUGAAGCUGGAGAAUUGGACUGACGAGGCCCGGGCUGAUGGAGUAGUGCUGGAAAAGGUCCAAGAAGAUGAAUUCCGCUAUCGAAUGUACCAGACUCAGGUGUCCGAUGCUGGGCUGUACCGCUGUGUGGUAACAGCCUGGUCCCCUGCAGGAGGCAACCUGUGGAGAGAAGCAGGGACCAGUUUAUCUAAUCCAAUUCAGAUAGACUUCCAAACCACAGGGCCCAUAUUUAACGUCUCAGUGCAUUCUGACACUCCAACAGUAUAUCGAGGCGAUCUGAUCAAACUGUUCUGCAUCAUCUCUCUGGAAGGAGCAGCCCUCGACCCAGAUGACAUGUCCUUUGAUGUAUCCUGGUUUGCUGUCCAUUCCUUUGCUUUGGACAAACCUGCUGUCCUUCUGUCUUCAUUGGAUCGGAAAGGAGUUGUGAACAAGGCCCGGAGAACCUGGAAGAGUGACCUGAGCCUGGAGAAGAUCAGUGUGAUGGAAUUCCUCCUACAGGUUCAUGGCUCUGAAGACCAAGAUUUUGGCAACUACUUUUGUGCUGUGAUACCAUGGAUCAAAUCAAUCACAGGGUCCUGGCAGCGAGAGACAGAGAUCAAAUCCAAGCCCAUCUUUGUAACUGUGAAGAUGGAUGUUCUGAAUGCCUUCAAGUAUCCCCUGCUAAUCGGCAUCAGCCUCUCCACCGUUAUUGGACUCAUCUCUUGCCUCAUAGGCUACUGCAGCUCUCACUGGUGCUGUAAGAAGGAGGUCCAGGAAACAAGACGAGAGCGAAGGCGCCUCAUGUCAAUGGAAAUGGACUAGGCUCGUGCCUGAGAAAGAAGGACUAUCUUUGUGGGAGAGAGAUGGGUGAGAAGAGGACAGUGACAUUUUAGAGUGAAGUGUUUUACACUAACAAAAGAAAAGUCCUCUCUAAUCUCAGGUGGGACUUCCAGCUCUCUCUUUUCUGCAUGUUAAGAACCGAGAGCACGGGACAUGUUUACCAGUACUGACCCCUCCAAGGGCACUUUCUAAAGGGACGCUCUGUUCUGGAUAUAUCAGUUGUUUCGUACAGUGUAUGUUUUCCCAAGUGGGGCUUUUUAAACAGUGAA